CUGCGGCACGACGGUAAGAGGGCGCUCUUCGCAGCUUUGAGUCGGCGGUGGAGGGGGAAUGAUAAUAUAAGAACAGGGAGCAGGUAUGAGAAUCGAAGCCAUUGGUGAAAUUUGGAAAGAUAGACCCAGGACCACGAAUGUGAACAACACAAUAGCACCAUGGAUGGGCAGUCAGAAAGUUCGCCGAGACCAACCCGGUUGUUCUCGUACAAUAUUUACGUAUACAAGAAACCAGAUAUGGACGAGGCUAGCCACCAUGACCAUAUACAAAAGGUCAAUACUCCAAUCAUCAAGGCAUUGCUGGAGAAAUACGGUGCAGUGGCGUACACCGUGACCCAUAAUGACGCCAGCGCAAGGGCAGAUUUCGAUCGGCUCUUCCCCGAGGCACCCGCAGGAAUGCUUUUGGAUUACGAUACGGUGAUUUCCAUGAUUACGCCUAACAUUGAGUGCAUCGAGAAAAUGCGCCAGGACCCCGACUUCCUGGUCAAAUUCAUUCCAGACCACUUUAACUUUGCUGAUAUGACCCAAAGUCGCUGCAUUGUUGGUUGGGCGGAAUACUAUCACUUCAAAUAGCGUGAUGAAAAGAGCUUAGACGAAUUCCCGUCAAACCUUUGAAAGGCCACUUUGUCGUGGGAAUUUGCAUUGUUGUGUUUGGUGGUGUUUGCAGGGCAUGAAUCGAACAUGUUUUCAGUGUUGGCAGCCUGGAGAUUGGUGAAUGGGUGGGCCGAAAUCAGUUCAGAUUCUUAUGGUGACCCGUGUAUCUACAUUCAGCAAACAUCUUGCCUCAAUUGUAGAUAGAAGCCAGAUAUUCACCUACCCAGACAUGUCCGAAGUCAAC